UACACUAGGGUUUGGAUUCCUGACCCUGAUGAAGUUUGGAGAUCGGCGGAAAUUAUCAAGGAUUACAAAGAGGGAGAUAAAAGCCUCCAUCUGAAACUUGAAGAUGAAACUCUGUAUGAGUAUCCUGUUGACCUCCAAGGAAAUGAACUGCCUUUCCUGCGCAAUCCAGAUAUCCUGGUGGGAGAGAAUGACCUGACAGCCCUGAGCUACCUGCAUGAGCCCGCGGUCCUCCACAACCUCAAAGUCAGGUUCCUCGAGUCCAACCACAUCUACACAUACUGUGGUAUUGUACUUGUUGCCAUCAAUCCAUAUGAGCAGCUGCCAAUCUACGAACAAGAUGUCAUCUACGCCUACAGUGGCCAAAACAUGGGGGAUAUGGAUCCGCACAUCUUUGCGGUGGCCCAGGAAGCCUAUAAGCAGAUGGCCAGGGAUGAGAAGAACCAGUCCAUCAUCGUGAGUGGGGAGUCGGGUGCUGGAAAGACAGUCUCUGCCAAAUACGCCAUGCGCUUCUUCGCAACCGUCGGUGGUUCUGCCAGCGAGACCAACAUCGAAGCCAAAGUCCUUGCGUCGAGCCCGAUUAUGGAGGCAAUUGGAAAUGCUAAAACAACAAGGAAUGACAACAGCAGUCGCUUUGGGAAGUACAUUCAGAUCGGCUUUGAUAAGAGAUACCACAUCAUUGGUGCCAACAUGAGGACUUAUCUGUUGGAAAAAUCACGAGUUGUAUUCCAGGCAGAGGAGGAGCGCAACUACCACAUUUUCUAUCAGCUUUGUGCCUCAGCAAGUCUUCCAGAAUUCAAAGACCUUGGACUAACAUGUGCCGAAGACUUUUUCUACACUUCUCAGGGCGGUGACACGUCUAUCGAGGGCGUGGACGAUGCUGAUGACUUUGAGAAAACCAGGCACGCCUUCACCCUGCUCGGAGUGAAGGAAUCUCAUCAGAUGACCAUUUUUAGGAUAAUUGCUGCCAUUCUGCACCUAGGGAACUUGGAUUUCCAAGCGGAACGAGACGGCGAUGCCUGCAGUGUGUCGAGCGAGGACGAGCACUUGAACAACUUGUGCAGCUUGCUGGGUGUGGAGCACAGCCAGAUGCAGCACUGGCUUUGCCAUCGCAAGCUCGUCACCACGGCCGAGACCUACGUGAAGACCAUGUCUGUGCAGCAAGUGGUGAACGCCAGGAACGCCCUGGCCAAGCACAUCUACGCCCAGCUCUUCAACUGGAUCGUGCAGCACAUCAACAAGGCCCUGCACACCACUGUCAAGCAGCACUCCUUCAUCGGCGUGCUCGAUAUCUACGGGUUUGAAACUUUUGAAGUGAAUAGCUUUGAACAGUUUUGUAUCAACUAUGCCAACGAAAAGCUCCAGCAGCAGUUCAACUCGCAUGUGUUUAAGCUGGAACAAGAAGAGUACAUGAAGGAGGGAAUCCCUUGGACUCUCAUAGACUUCUACGAUAACCAGCCCUGCAUAGACCUUAUAGAGGCGAAACUUGGUAUCUUGGACCUACUGGAUGAAGAGUGCAAGGUUCCCAAAGGCACCGACCAGAACUGGGCGCAGAAGCUGUACGACCGUCACGCCGGCAGCCAGCACUUCCAGAAGCCCCGCAUGUCCAACACCUCCUUCAUCGUCCUGCACUUCGCCGAUAAGGUGGAAUACCAGAGCGAGGGAUUUCUGGAGAAGAACAGGGACACCGUGUACGAGGAACAGAUCAACAUCCUGAAAGCCAGCAAGUAUCAAAUGGUAGCAGACUUAUUCCAAGAUGAGAAGGAUGCUACACCCACCACUUCCAUGGGAAAGGGAACAUCCAAAAUCAACGUCCGUUCUGCCAGACCAGUGAUCAAAGCUGCUAAUAAGGAGCACAAGAAAACGGUGGGGCACCAGUUCCGCAACUCGCUGCAUUUGCUCAUGGAGACGCUGAACGCCACCACCCCGCACUACGUGCGCUGCAUCAAGCCGAACGACGAGAAGCUCCCCUUUAAAUUUGAUCCGAAGAGAGCAGUGCAGCAGCUGAGAGCUUGUGGAGUGCUGGAGACCAUCCGCAUCAGUGCCGCUGGCUUCCCGUCCAGGUGGUCCUACCACGACUUUUUCAAUAGGUAUCGUGUUCUUAUGAAAAAGAGAGACCUCUCGAAGAACGACAAGAAGCAGAUCUGUCAGACCGUGUUGAAAGACCUCAUUAAGGAUCCAGACAAGUUCCAGUUUGGACGUACCAAGAUCUUUUUCCGUGCAGGCCAGGUGGCAUAUCUGGAGAAACUGCGAGCAGAUAAGUUCAGAGCUGCCACAAUCAUGAUUCAGAAGACGGUGCGGGGCUGGCUGCAGAGGGUCAAGUACAAAAGACUGAGACAAGCUGCAGUCGUCAUCCAGCGCUACACGCGUGGGCACCUGGCGCGGAGACUCGCUGAGCACCUGAGGAGGACAAGAGCUGCCAUCGUCUUCCAGAAGCAGUACCGAAUGCUGCGGAUCCUCCGAGCUUUCCAGAGGAUCCGCGAGGCAACCAUCACCAUUCAGGCUUUUGCUCGGGGCAUGUUCGUCAGGAGGAUUUAUCACAAGAUCCUGGCGGAGCACAAAGCCACCAUCCUCCAGAAGUACGCGCGGGGCUGGCUGGCCCGCACUCGCUUCCGCCGGGUCAGGGGUGCCACCAUCGUCCUGCAGUGCUACUACCGGCGCAUGAAGGCCAGGCAGGAGCUGAAGGCACUGAAGAUCGAGGCCCGCUCAGCACAGCACCUGAAGAAGCUCAACAUUGGCAUGGAGAACAAGGUGGUCCAACUUCAGAGGAAGAUUGAUGAGCAG